GUCCUACUCGUUUGACUCAUUCUCACACAGUAGUCCUAUGGCUGACGAAGCUGAGCUUUUGGAUUACGAGGAUGAAGAGCAAGAAACAGUUCAAGAGGCAAGACCUAAUGGAGAAGCUACAGCAAAGAAAGGUGUCAAAGGAGCAUACGUCACCAUACACAGUUCGGGAUUCCGUGAUUUCAUUCUCAAGCCGGAAUUAUUAAGAGCCAUCGUUGAUUGUGGCUUCGAACAUCCAUCUGAAGUUCAACAUGAAUGUAUACCUCAAGCCAUUUUAAGUAUGGACGUACUGUGCCAAGCAAAGUCUGGAAUGGGCAAGACUGCCGUAUUCGUCAUAGCUACACUACAACAGCUCGACCCCGAAGGAGAAGCCAAUACAACUGUUCUAGUCCUCUGUCACACAAGAGAACUUGCCUUCCAAAUAAGUAAAGAAUACGAACGAUUCUCUAAAUACAUGCCAAAGAUAAAGGUGGGUGUGUUCUUUGGCGGAAUGCCAAUACGUAAGGAUAUUGAAACACUAACAAAAUCUCCCGUUCACAUCGUUGUGGGGACUCCUGGUCGUAUUCUGGAUCUAGUGAGGAGUAAAACACUGAAGCUACAACAUGUCAAACACUUCAUCAUUGAUGAAUGUGAUAAAAUGCUGGAUACGCUCGAUAUGCGGCGUGAUGUUCAAGAAAUAUUCCGCAUGACUCCACAUCAAAAACAAGUCAUGAUGUUUAGCGCAACUAUGAGCAAAGAAAUACGCCCUGUUUGCAGAAACUUCAUGCAAGACGUACGUUGUUGCAAUGUCUGGCGGAGUUGUCUUAUUUCCAUUCACAUUCCCACCUGAGCUGGUUUUGCGUUCGCCAAGAUGACUUAGAUCAUCCGUGCCAAGUACAAUUUUGAUGUGUUUAGUCCUUACUUACUGAGCGUAUCAGCUAGCAUUUGCUCUGGAACGUUCGAGGACUCAGCUUUCGACCUUGGAGCAUGGCAGAUGGUCGCUUGGAUGUGAUUCACAUUUGCUUGCCAAACGCAUUCGUAUGGGCCAGGUGGAGAAUCAAAAAGCAGGCAGUUUGACUAUUUCUUAAUGAUUAAUGUUUUGUCCAUGUAUAACGCCAGUGGUUUCUCAUUAGCGCCUACUCGGCACUUACUACGUUUUUGUUUUUAGCCGUUGGAAAUAUUUAUCGAGAAUGACUCGAAGUUGACUUUGCAUGGUCUACGGCAGCAUUAUGUUAAAGUCAAGGAAAAUGAGAAAAACAGAAAGCUCUUUGAGCUUCUUGAUGAACUGCAGUUCAACCAGGUAAGCUUUAGAAAUGAUGUUUGCCAUGCUAAUACCGAUGUAGGCUAGUGCCUGAUCAUAUGCGUUUAAGUGCUUUUUUCUGAAAUACCAUUUAAAGCUGUUCAUAUCGCCUUAGGUUAUAAUCUUCGUCAAAUCCGUCCAACGAUGUAUGGCUUUGGCUCAGUUACUGGUCGACCAAAACUUCCCCGCGAUUGCAAUGCACCGUAAUAUGGCUCAGGAAGAACGUUUGGAACGUUACCAAGCAUUUAAGAACUUUCAGAAACGUUUACUAGUGGCUACCAAUCUCUUCGGCCGAGGUAUGGACAUUGAACGCGUCAAUAUCGUCUUCAACUAUGAUAUGCCAGAAGAUUCCGACACCUACCUUCACAGAGUUGCUCGAGCUGGUCGUUUCGGAACUAAAGGAUUAGCUAUAACCUUCAUAUCAGAUGAAGUCGACGCGAAGGUACUCAAUGAAGUACAAAAUCGUUUUGAAGUCAAUAUCAGCGAGCUUCCUGACGUUAUGGAAAUAUCCAGCUACAUGGAAGACCGAUAAUUUGUAUUUACCUGUACAUUGUUUCUACUUCUGUCUAUAUUUCAAAUGCAAGUAUUUAUCAAUC